AUGGACAAAUACGGUGUCACACUUCUGUUGGUGGCAGCCAUGGUGGGCUGUGUCCUGGCGGGAGGCUCUGGAGGCGGUUAUGGUGGCGGCUACGGAGGAGGCCGUGGAGGCUAUGGCGGAGGCUAUGGUGGGGGCUACGGAGGAGGCUCUGGAGGCGGUUAUGGUGGCGGCUACGGCGGCGGUCGCGGAGGCUAUGGAGGCGGAUAUGGCGGCGGUCGCGGAGGCUAUGGUGGUGGAUACGGAGGCGGUAAUGGAGGCUAUGGAGGCGGUUAUGGCGGCGGUCGCGGAGGCGGUUAUGGUGGCGGCUACGGAGGCGGUCGCGGAGGCGGAUAUGGUGGCGGUUAUGGCGGCGGUCGCGGAGGCUAUGGUGGUGGCUACGGAGGCUCUGGAGGCGGUUAUGGUGGCGGCUACGGAUACGGGAAAUAA